GACGGACAUUGGACAAAGUUUGAAAUUGUUCUACGACAAAAAUAUAUUUUAAAUUGAAAUGAUAAUAGCAGAAAAAGUGCAUUAAUACAAAGAGAAACAAAUAAAGCAUUUUGCAUAAUGAUAAACAACUGAUAAAGCAUCGUCUGAAAUGGAAGUCUACAUUAUUGGCUUUUGUCUAUUUACUGUGGUAUUCCUUGCAGUAGUGAAGCUUUACCAAGUGUCCAUCAAAAGAGCUUUUAUAUCCAAUGUCAAACUUCAUGGAAAGACUGCCAUCAUCACGGGGGCAAAUACUGGAUUAGGAUUUUGGACAGCUCUUGAUUUAGCAAAGAGAGGAGCUCGUGUCAUUCUGGCGUGUAGAAACUUGCAAAAAGCAGAAGAAGCCAGGAAAAAAAUUCUGGAUGAAGUAGAUGUUGGAGGUGAUGUAGUCGUCAGACACUUAGAUCUGAGUUCUAUGAGGUCUGUGAGGCAGUUUGCUAGAGAGACAUAUGAACAGGAAUCCAGAUUAGAUAUUCUCAUCAACAAUGCUGCAGUUUCAGGUCUACCUGCAGUAAUUACAGAGGAGAGCUUAGAAUUUACUUAUGCAACAAACUAUGUUGGACCAUUUCAUCUCACAAAUCUUCUUCUAGAUUUGCUGAAGAAGUCUGUUCCCAGCCGGAUAGUGAAUCUGACGUCAGUAAUGAAUAUUCUGGCACACGUUGAUUGUGAUGACAUACAAGCAAAGAAAGGUUUUCAUCCUUAUGAUGCUUACAAGAACUCAAAGCUGAUGAACAUAUUGUUUACGAAAGAGCUUGCUAGAAGAUUGGAGGGAACAGGUGUAGCUUCUUGCUGUGUUCAUCCAGGAGUUGCAGCCACAGACAUUUUCAGAUGUUUAUGGGGCAGCAGUAUUUUAACAGCAUUUCUAGGACUAUUUUUUAAGACAGCUAAAGAUGGUGCACAAACAACUGUGUAUGCUGCUGUGUCAGAGGAAAUGCGGGAUGCCAAGGGAGAAUACCUGAGUGAUAGUCAGGUGUAUGACAGAACAAGGUGGAUAAACAAGGAAGCCUAUGAUGAAGGAUUGUGCAAAAAACUGUGGGAAACUACUGAGGCUAUUCUGGCAUCCAUUGAUUCAGACAGUCACUGAGUGAGAAAGGAAGAAAACAGACCUGCAGCUGAUUUUCGAAUACCUCUCAUUGUCACAUGUACAGUAUAGUUAUUUUUAGGGGAAAUCAAAUAAUUGCAAGUUACUAACAUGCAAUUUUAUGGUCAAUCCAGACUCUAAGAAAGUGAAGACAUGAAAAUAUGUUUUGAGAUGUCUUCAUCAGUUAUAAUUGAUUAAUCAGGUAAUUUUUUUUUUUACAAUUACUCAAAGGAAAUAGUUCUAGAAUGCAUACAAUUCU